AUGAGAUUACUGGUUCAGUCCGUCUCGAGCCUCACGGUGCGCACUGGCCGAGUGCAAGCGCAACGAUGCAUUGCAACGUCGAGUGCACUCCGCAAAGACCUCGUCCAGGAUAUGUAUCUGAAGGAACUAAAGGCAUACAAACCAGCCCCAAAGGUACAUUGUUCGUCCACUUUUCUCCGUCGAACAAAGAUGCUAAAACACGACCUUUUAUCCAAUGAAAAGGCAAAAGAUGCACACGUCGGUGCUGUCCGUGAAUUCAAAGCACCAGCCGUCCCAGAAGCUCCAUCGCUACCGGGCGACGUCGCCGCAGAGUUGAGCGCAUACGAUGCAUCCGAGCCGACUCUGGCUCCAAAAUCAGGAGCUCCAGCAGCAACAAGCACGACCGAGGGCCACGGAAAGGCAGACGGAAAGCUCACCGGCCCCGCCUUGUUGAAGUUUUUGGAACAGGAUUUGCCAAAGGAGGAGCAUCACCAUCACUAG